AUGAGUAUCCUUAGUCAAGAAGAAUCAAAACAUACAACAACCGAAGCUGAAAGAGUGAAAGAUUACCAACUUCACCAUGGUAUGUUAUAUAGGAAGGUGACGGUGGACGACAACGAAACAAGGUUAUUAUGGGUAGUACCUGAGUCAAUGCGAAAUAGUAUAGUGGUAAGGUUCCAUGACUUGGCGGGUCAUUUCGCAGUGGACCGGACAGUCAGUAAGAUAAAAGAAAAGUACUACUCCCCAAUGAUGCGCAGAUACGUGAAGAUGCACAUUAAUUGUUGUCCUGAGCGCAUACUAAUUAAAACCCCCCGAGGAAGACAGCCCGGUGAGCUUCACCCCAUUACCCCUGGUAAACGACCGUUUGAGGUGAUCAACAUUGAUCACAUUGGUCUAUUUGUGAAGUCAACAAAAGGUAACAGUCAUAUUAUAGUGUUGAUUGACAAUUUAACCAAAUAUGUUAAGCUAUAUCCAGUGAAGAGCUGUGGCACAUAG